AGAGGACGGAAGUGACAGGCUGUUGCUUACAUUCAGAGCAGCUGUCGGCAUCCGCACAGUCUGAAUAAAUGGCUAAAGUGGAAAUCGCUCCUUUGAGAGGCUGGGAUGAUUUCUAUCCCGGCUCAGAUCGCUUCGGCAAACCAGAUACACGAGAUUUGGCGAAAUGGAACAACAGAGUGGUCAGCAACCUCCUGUACUAUCAAACCAACUAUCUGGUGGUAGCUAUACUUGUAUUCCUGGUUGUAGGCUUCUUAAAUCCUGUGAGCAUGUUCACAGGAGCAGUGGUGGUGGCAUCCGUCUUCAUAGGCUCUGUGUGGGCAGGAGAGAACAAGGCCAUCAUCAAAAAGUUCAAGAAGGAGAACCCAAGCUUGUUUGUUUUCCUGGUCAUGGUUGUGAGCUACUUCCUCAUGUCUCUCUUUGGUGGAGUCAUGGUAUUCCUGCUAGGAAUCAAGCUGCCACUUUUGUUGAUCUUUGCACAUGCAUCUCUUCGCUUGAGGAACAUAAAAAACAAACUGGAGAAUAAGAUGGAGAGUGCGGGACUCAAGAAAUCACCCAUGGGGAUCAUACUUGAAGCACUGGGUCAACAAGAAGAAAACUUCAACAAAAUUCAAGACUUUCUGGAGAGCAAACUGAAGGAGUGAAAUCUUUUUUCGUCUGGGAUUCUCACCAAAUCAUGAAGAAACUGGUGCAAUUUGAGAAACUCGCUCCGUUACUUUCAACAUGCUUAAUUUGGCAAAAGUAUGUUGUAUGGAAAGACGUGUUGUUUGUUUACAUCUCAGGUCAAAUGUAGGAGGAUGCAAUUGAAAAAUGGUCUCUGAGACAUUUUUCUAACCUUAAUGAAACAUGUUUCAUAUUUAAAGUGUUAAUGUUUAAAAAUGUUUUCCCUUAUUAUGAAAAAUCUAAUUAUAAAACGACAAGAAGUUUCUGAGUUUGAACAUCUCCAAACGUUGUGAAGUGUGAUGAUAACUGGAAUUGUACAAGUGUGACCGUUUUUAAUGGCAGCUGAAACGCCUUGUAUUGGAACUAUUUUCUUCAGGUUGAUCUUGUUUAUGUGGACUUAAUGAACAUUGAUGUAUUUUAUAAUGCUGCUCCAGCAUUAAGUAAACAAUCAAAGUAUUGCAUUACAAUGAUUUUACCAUAGGUCAAUCAGGUCUAUGAUCAUCACUUACCUUUUGGUAAAUUCUGUAAUCCACAGCCUGUGUGAUCAAAGAAGAGCCUGCGUUCUUUAAUCUAUGCAAAAAGAGAAAAAGAGUUAAUAAAGACCCAUUGUGGCA